AUGGUUUCAGAUAGCAAGUACCAAACCAUCCACGGUUUUGGAGGGUCCUUCACCCAGGCAGCAGCGUAUCUCUAUAAAAAUCUCGACAGAUCGACUCAAGAGCAGUUCAUGAAACUAGUUUUCUCUCCAGAGGGGUUACACUAUAGUUUAGGCAGAGUACCCAUCAACUCCUGCGACUUCUCUCCUGAAACGUAUAAUUUUGAUAACAUUUCCGACGAUUUCGACCUGACCGAAUUCGACCGAGACCUCAAGAUGGACGAGGAACUUGGAAUGUUUGCCAUGAUCCACGAUGCUCAAUCACGAACCAAGGACACUGGUGGUCUUCAACUGCUUGCGAGCCCGUGGUCCCCGCCGUACUGGAUGAAGACAGAUAAUCACGAGAUGAUAGGCAGCGAAAUGCCGUGCUUGAAGGGGGAUCAGCGCUACCACAGGGCUUGGGCAGAAUACCGCUCUCUAUGGUUUCAAGGGUAUGCGAAACAAGGUAUCAACUUCACCUACCACACUGUUCAGAAUGAACCUGCGAACUAUAUCAACGUAUGGUGGGAACAGUGUUUCUUCGAUGCUCAAGGGGAAGCUGACUUCAUUGCUAACCACCUGGGGCCUGUGAUGGCGAGAGAUGGUCACAACAUUAGUCUGCUGUUUUAUGACUAUAACAAGGGGGGUAUGAACGACUGGGCGAAUGUGGUGUUGUCCAACCCGAAUGCAACUAAAUACAUUUCUGGUAUAGCUCUACACUGGUAUGAUGGUUACUACUUUGAUAAUCUGCGUACCUUCCAGGAGAAGUACGGGUCUCAGUACUACCAGCUGGCGACCGAAGGAUGUAGCUGUGAUGGGAUUCUGGAUCAGGAGUACGAUACCGAAUGGAAGAGGGCGAUGAGAUAUGUUGAAGACAUUCUGGGGGACCUGAACGCUGGGGUGGUGGGCUGGAUGGACUGGUCCAUACUUCUUAAUAUUGUUGAGAACGGCGCUGGCGGACCGAACCAUUCAAGGUUGAAAAAUUGGUGCUACACCCACAUUCACGUCACCAACAGCAGUGAUCUACUUGUCUAUCGGUCGUAUUACACCUUCUCUCAUAUAUCGCGGUUUGUGGUCCCUGGCUCGCGGCGGAUCGGAAUAACAAUGGGCAGCAGCGGGGAUGGUCUGGUGUGUUCGGCUUUCGUCACUCCAGAUGAGUCCAAUAUCGUACUCGUGGCGAUGAACUAUAAAAUCAACCAAAAGACGCCGGAAAGGCAACUCGAUAUCAGCCUGGCAGGCAGCAGCGACUCGUUGUACAUUAAUAUUCCUUCAUCGAGCGUCGUAACGGCGAUGAUUCCCAUUUGAGUCUUACUCGGCUCUUCAAUGAUCGACCCUUUCAUUUCCCAAAGUUCAUCACUGCCAGCUCUGGAUUUACCAGC